AUGACAUUACUGCUCACUCUGCUGCUGGGAGAGCUGGUGUCUGGCCGGAGCCCCCAGCCCCCAGUGUACUCUCCACAUUGCAAUGCCAGACCUGGCAAGAGGAAGCGGUUCCUCCAGACCCAACUCGCCAAGCCAGCGCCCCGACCCCCGGAGGCCCCCGGCUACACGCGCACGCGGACCCGGCCCCCGCCGCGCCGGCCCGCCCCUCCCCCUCCCCGGGGCCACUUACCCGGGGCCGAAGCGGGGGAGGGGCGAGCGCGGGCGGGGGCUGCGGUCCCGGGCUGCUCUCAGCCCCGGGGGGCCGGGGCCCGGACCAGCGGCAGCAGCAGCGCAGCGUCUCCCCCCGGCGGCAGCAGCGGCGGCGGCGGCGCCGUCCCACUCCCGCAGGCACACAUAGGCUCCAUUGUCCGCCGGCGCCUCCCCCUUUCCGGCUCCCCCUCCCAGGCCCGCCCCUUCCCCCUCCCCUCGACCCUCCCCCAGCCGCACCGUGCCACGAAAGGUACCGCGGGCCCCGCCUCGGACGCGAGCGGAGGCGCGCCCCUCCCCCGGCCCGCCCGGCGGGGAAUGGGGCCCUGGCCCCGCCGCCGCCAGGGCCCGCCCCCUCCGGGGGAAUGGCACCCGUCCCCCUCCCCGAACACGAUCGAUGGUACCAGCCCGCCGCGGCCCCCGCCCCCUCCCGCGCCUGGCCCAAGAGAGGCCGCCCGCGCCCCGCCCACCCGGGCCCCGCCCCCGCGCUACACGAAGCCCCGCCCUGGCGGCACCGCCUUCUGCUUUGCAUGA